GCAAUAAAAACAAAAAUGAGUGUUGAAAAACGUAAAAUAAAUGUCGAUAAACGUAAGAAGUUUGUAAACCAUCUAGCUGUUUUCAAGCCGAGAACAAAGAAAGACGACAAUAAUGAAUUGUCUGAACGGAUUAUUAUCACUGCGAGGAAAACUGGCGAGCUUAAUUUAUCUUCAAGGGGAUUAGCUACAGUGCCUAAAAGGGUAUGGACGUUAAACGACUUAACAAAAGAAGAGAUCGAAGAGCUGCAUAUGAAUUUUGAUUUCGAUGACGACCGAGAUCGUUGGUGGGAACAAGAACUGCUAAAAACAUUGAACCUUUGUUCAAAUAGUAUAACAUCCAUUGAUCCAGAAAUUCAAAAUUUAUCUGAUCUUAUUGAUUUAGACUUUCACGAUAAUUUGAUUGAAGAAUUACCUGACGCAUUAAAAACUUUAUCUAAGCUGAGAAAAUUAAAUUUAUCUCACAAUAAUUUAAACAAAAUAAAUACUAAUUUAUUUACAUUGGAGAAUUUGCGUCAUUUAAAUUUAUCUCACAAUAAUAUUCAAGAGUUAGACCCAUCAAUUGGCGAUCUUGUUAUGCUGGAGACAUUAAAUCUGUCAUAUAAUAAUAUCGCAAAACUACCUGUUGGAUUGGGAUACCUGGUACGGCUAUGUAAUCUUGAUUUAAGUCACAAUCUGUUGAUAGAAUUACCACCGGAUAUUAUGAGUAUGAGAGUUGUAAAAAAAUUUGAUGCAAGUUCUAAUCACUUGGAAGUAACUCCUCCUUUGGGUGAAAUGAGAAAACUCGAGAUUCUUAAUCUACAGGAUAAUCAUUUAUCUGUCUUUCCUGAUGUGAUUGGGUGUGCUGCUUUACGUGAAAUCUACCUUUCUAACAACCAAAUCACUGAAUUAAAAAUGGAAUGUUUAGAAGGUAUUGGACAAUUAAAAUCCCUGGUAAUGUCUAAUAAUAAAAUAGAAACAAUCCCUGAUGACAUCAUUACCCUACUCAAUUUAGAACGACUUGACUUAUCCUUCAACAAACUAACUUUCGUAUCGAAUUCACUAUGUGUAAUGCCGAAUUUGAAGCAUCUCAUCAUCGAUAAUAAUAAAAUAAAAAAUGUAAGAAGAGAUAUUAUUCAAUGCGGUACACCAAGAAUUUUAAGACACUUGAGGCAAGGCUUUGACUCCGAGUCUAUUGAAUUAAAUCGAUCAUUAUCACCAUGUCCGGCUAUGAUUCCUGGCCCUGAUAAAUACAUGAUGAAGCACACGAAACUACUGAGUUUGGCAGCUCAGAAUCUUGACCAAAUACCUGAUAUCGUUUUGGAAGAUGCAAGUGAAGCUAAAGUGACGUGUGUUGAUUUAAGUCGCAAUCGACUUACACAAUUGCCGGAUAAAUUGAAUUUAAUAAAGUCUAUUGAAGAUUUGAAAUUAUUCUGCAAUCAGUUGACGUCAUUGCCCGAGUGGAUUGGUGAGCUAUGCUGUCGUUUGAGAUACUUGGAUUUGAGUAAAAAUCAAUUGACAAAUCUACCCGAGAGCAUUGGAAAGCUUGAACUUUUACGAGAAAUAAAUAUUUCACAUAAUAAGUUUACGGUUGUACCUGAAUGUAUCUAUAAUAUAAGUCAUUUGGAAAUACUAAUUGUUCACGAUAACCGCGUAAAAGAAAUAGACGCAUCAUCGUUUGCUAAAUUAAAACGAUUAGCAAAAUUAGAUCUGUCUAAUAAUGACAUUGGACAUGUACCUCCCGAACUGGGAAAUCAAACAAAUAUAAGGACUCUGCUGCUAUCAGGGAAUUGCUUCAAACAACCACGCCAAGCUAUAUUGGUCAAAGGAACCGAUGACAUUCUUUCGUAUUUACGAAAUCAAAUACCUUUGUAAUGAUGUUUCGUGA